CCCAACCGUCUUCCUUUGUACACGCGGAUACCGAUUCAAGAAGUGAUAUUCAAGCUUUAGAGUUGUUUCACACGGCGUUUCGAAUAGGUUGCAAAGUGCUUCGUGUUCGGGUUCUUUGGCAUGCUGUCUGGACAGCGGUGCAACAACAUGGCAGUAGCAGCACCGCACAGAGCGGACGCUUGGGCAAAAACAUAGAAAAAAUAUGGCGUCACCUUUUCACGGUGAUUGUUGACUUGUCUGACUCGUGCACGGUGUAGCUCAACAAGAAUGCAUGGAGUCGGGAGAAGGUAAUGUAGAGGUGAAGAAACUGUGUCCUGAUGAUGUCACGGCAGCGCCCCUGUCCAAGGUGUCUCAACAGCAACGAGACGAGAUACUGCAGCUCUACAAACUGCAUAUGCCUGAUGACCUGUACCAUUUCUGGGAUUUGUGCAAGGAGCUUUGCCCAGACAACCCCUGUGGUGCCCUGAAAGACACACUUGGUUUACAGCUAGUUGGUCCUUUUGACAUCUUGGCUGGAGCUCACCAACACUGCAAAAAUGCUUCUCCUAACUUCCACCUUCACUGGAGGUAUUUCUACGACCCACCAGAGUUCCAGACCAUUUUACAGGGUAGUGAAGAAAGCCAGCAUCAUAUCGGCUACUACAGAGAUAAUCCAGACUCCCUCCCCUCAUUUGUUGGGGAGAAUGAAGCCAAGAAGGGUUGCACUAUAACACCGAUGGGAGACAAUGUGUUUGCUGCUGUUCACCUGUUCCUGCUAAGGAAAAAGAAGGAGAAGGGCAGGCAGAAAACCGAGGAAGAUUUAAAAAGCCUGGAGGCAAAGCUGAGUGAGCGAGCAGAGACUCUAAACUUAUCUCUAGAGCAGAAGACCAAAGGCAUGAAGCAGCGGGACAAGAAGGUUGUCGCCAGAACCUUCCACGGUGCUGGUAUUGUUGUACCUGUUGACAAGAAUGAUGUGGGAUACAGAGAACUUCCAGAAACUGAUGUUGCUCUGAAAAAGAUCUGCAAAGCCAUUGCAGAAGCUCGGAAUGAUGAAGAGCGCGUCAAAGCCUUUCGACCUCUUCAGGAGAUGAUCACGUUUGUUCAGUUUGCUAACGAUGAAUGUGACUACGGCAUGGGCUAUGAACUCGGAGUGGACCUUUUCUGUUUCGGAUCCCACUACUUCCACAAGGUUGUCAAGCAACUCCUACCCAUGGCCUACAAUUUACUAAAAAGGAAUUUGUUCAUAGAGAUUCUGGAGGCCCACCUCACCAGCCGUAGCCAUGACAACCUGGACCAGCUCUCAUCUUGCUAAAUCUGUCAUGAGCACAUCACAAUUUCAGUUGAUAAUAUUUCCCCUCCAUGUGAUCCCAUGUGUGUCAACGUUCGUCAACCCUGGUUGUAUUGGUGCUGCUGUUAUUAAUCGUUUGUUCAUUUUUUUUUCCAAUGUAAAAUAAAGUAUUUUUUUAUAUUUUUAACAUCA